CAAUAUUAAACCCUGACAGCGACUUGACAGAGAGGAGGUGCUGGAGGAGUCGCCAGCUGUCGACGUGAUCUUGGCUGACAUUGACUCCCUGGUGCCAACUCAUGAUGGAGCCGGACGCCCCAUUCCCGAGUGGAAACGACAGGUGAUGGUGCAGCAGCUGCAGUUCAGGCUGAGACAUGAGGAGGACUACCAGAGACAGGUACGCCUCAUCUUUGUGGCUGCACUGUGACAUCAAAACAGAAGAAAAAUGCAUCCAAGGAUAAAAAGGCGUGCUUGUGCUUCCAACAGGCCAUUGCAAACGGCUUCAUGUCAGCAGAUGCCUGGAAGUUCUCCCUGGCUCACAGCGGCAUCCUGGGGCCGUUUGGUGAGCUUCUGACAGAGGAAGACCUGGUUUACUUGCAGCAGCAGAUCGAGUCUGUUUCCCUACAGAAACGCUGCCAGGCCUACGAGCUGGAGCUGACUCGAUUAACGGAGGAGCUAAGGGCAAUUUUACCGGGUCCUAUUGUCAACAUUUCCCUCAACAAGGACAUCCUACAACAGAUGGACUCGGAGGGAAAACUUAACCUGACCAUGCCCGUCUGGUGUAGCCGCAUCUCAGAGAUGAUUACAAACAUGUCGCUACUGGUGUCAAAUCUGACACAGACAACUGAAAACGAAAGGGAUUGGAGGAUGGUGGAAGGCGUGGUGGAAGAGAUGAAAGGCUUGCAGGGGAUUAAAAACAUUUCUGGAGGUGGUUUAGGUCAGAGAUUGGUGCCACAAGGCCAAGAGAUGGAAUCUAUGUCUGUGGAGACCUCCAGUGGAUGCAGGAUGCCCCAUAUCGGGAUUGCAUCUGCUUUCAGCCAGCGUGUGGAAAACGACAGCUACAGCAGGGCACGGAGGGAGAGGGUGGAGAGGGAGAUCCAGCAGUCUGGGGUGUCAGUCAGAAACCUCAGGUCCAAUUUUGAGGGUCAGAUUGGUGAAGUUUAUCCAGUGGCUGGGGUUGUACAAGUGGAGCGAGAGCUGAAAGGCAAGAAAAAGGUGGAAGAUUCUAGAAGAAGCAGCAGUAAAAUCGGUUAUCUGAGCCAGGAGGCCUCUAAUGAAUGCGUUCCUGUUUAUGACACUAAAGGUUUACGAAAAGAGCGAAUAGUGGUGCUGUUUCUGAGCCACUGGAAGAAGUCUGCGUACGCUAUCUCAGUAAGAGCAGCAAAUCAGAGACAGAAUGCAGCAUCAGGGAAAACAGCAGCACAGUCUCAGAAAAGCACCUCCCUGCUUCAGCUCUGCCUACAACGAGGCGCCGUGGCCAAAACGCUGAACUCCUGGAGGAGCAAACUCAAAGAUGCUCAGUCACACCUCACGCAACAUCCACGUCCCCGUGUGACCUACUCCCCUGAGCACUUCCUGCCAGAUGCGAAUGGUGUCACGAUGAGCCAUGACAGCUUGACCCUUGACCUUUUUAUGCUGGGGUACUUUCACAUCUUAGAGCAAGACCUAUCUGCGGAGGAGAGGAAGAUGAGGCAUCUCCUCUGCUUUGAAGUUUUUGACCAUGUGGGCAGCUUCCCCUGGGAAAAGGUACGGGAUUUCCACAAAGCUGUGCUGCAAGAAAUCCAGUCUGGGAGGAAGCAGUGGAGCGACGGCUUUGAAGACCUCAAAACGCAUUUCUUUGGUGAACCAAAACCCUGCAGCUGCCCGUUAUCAUCCUCUUUACUAAUGCCUGAGUCCAAAUCUCUGCCUAAAGUUAUCAUUCAAGGCGCUUCUCCAGAAGAAAGCAGCAACGACACGGACUUCUCCUGUUUCAAUAAUGAAGACAUCUGCAAAUAUAUCGACCGCAGUUUUGCUUUCUGGAAGGAGAAGGAGGCAGAGCUGUUUGAUUUUGACCAUUAGGCUUAAAUGAGGUGCUUUGGCACAAAAUGCUGCUCAAGUGUUUCUUCUGGGAAAUGAUUAGGUGCUGAAUAAAACUCCCGAGAAUGCAUUACUGAUUUUUAUUUAAUGCAAACAUCAAUUUUUAGCACAUUUUGCACAAUUCUCCUGCAAGAAGUAGGUAGAGUUUUUUAAAUUUUACUUUUGAGUAACUCUCCCGACACCCUCAAAGCAAUGGUGAUGCACGAGAUUGUUUAACGAGAGACCAAAUCUCAGGUUGCUUCUGUGUCACACUCUGUCCUGUCUCUCCGUUCUCUUCAGUCCUGUGCCCAUGUUAAUUGCUCCCUCUUGUCACCCAAUCACCCAAGGUCCCAGCUCCUCCUGUACUUAAACCCUGUCAGUCCUUUUUGUCUUGUCGGUUCAUUGUUUUAUGUCCAGCGUGUUUUAUAUUAAAAACCUUGCUAAACCAUUCCCGUCUGUCUGUCUGUCUGUCUGUCUGCCUGUCUGCCUGCCUGCCUUCUUCACCUGCAUGUGGAUCCUCACCUCCGCUCACCUCACCCGCACAUUGUGACAUUCUGUCUGUGAUGUCAGUUUCAGUUUAUUUCUUCACUUUGGACAUUUUUAUUUCACACAAAUUACAAUAAGCUGCAUUUCUCAAAAGUAUAACAAAUAAAGUUUUUUUUAACAAGUGACAGCAAGUCACAACGCAUUCAUAACAUGAUAAAAACAGCUCAAAUACAGCUUGUAGCAGCAACUGUUGGAAAAGUAAUACAAUCUUAUUUUUGACUCAAAAGUGAAAACAUUUUCAUCAUAAUAGCAUCUUUGAAGUCAAACUGUGGUGGAUAAGAUUUCAGUUCUGUCAGGAUGAAGGAUGAUGGCAUAAAAAGCUACAAUUAAUUGUUAUUUUCUGAAGACAUAAAAAACUAUUAUGGACAUCUUUUACC